AUGGAUCAAGCAAUCCAGCGAUUAUUAAACGAUAAGCUCUACGACAGGAGGAAGCAAGGAGCUCUGGAGCUCGAGAAAAUUGUCCGUGACGCCGUUUGCCACGGGGAGCAUGAGAAAAUACAAAAGAUCGUUGAACAACUCUGCCAUGACUAUGCAUACGCCGUGCACCAACCCCACGCCCGAAAUGGAGGUCUUAUCGGACUGGCUGCUGCCUCUAUUGCACUAGGAUCGGAAGGGGUUGCGCCGUACUUGGGUGAAAUUGUGCCGCCUGUGCUCGCAUGCUUCUCCGACCAAGAUGCGCGAGUGCGGUACUACGCAUGCGAGAGUAUGUACAACAUAGCUAAAGUGGCAAAAGGAGAGAUACUGCUGUUCUUCAAUGAGGUUUUCGACGCGCUGGCUAAGCUGGCAUCCGAUGCGGAACUAUCGGUCAAGAACGGCGCGGAGCUUCUAGAUCGUCUAGUCAAAGAUAUUGUGGCUGAAUCGGCAGCCUCGUAUGUCUCGAUCCUACAACUUUCUGGGAAGGAACCCCCGGAAUUGGAUAAUCAGGAAGACCAGGAACUUCCCAUGGCCUUCUCUCUUGCACGAUUCAUCCCUCUACUCAAAGAUCGAAUUCAUGUGAUCCAACCGUUCACACGCAACUUUCUGGUUUCAUGGCUUACUCUUCUAGAUACAAUCCCUGACCUAGAGCUCGUGAGCUAUUUGCCUGAGUUCCUGGAAGGGCUGAUCAAGUUCCUUGGUGGACCCAACAAAGACGUUAACAUUGCAACUCAGGGUUUGCUUGAUCGGUUUUUGGCGGAGAUCAAGAGGAUUACCCGACUUAAAAAGGGGAUUGAAGAAAGCCGGAAGGGCCAGAAGAGCAACAGAGGCUCGGCCAACAGCGAUGCGAUCAGCAGCGUGACGGAGCAAAAUAUCCAGACCGAUGGUGGUAGUGAUGACAGGUAUGACAUUGCCGUCGCAGACUCGGCCUCGGAUACGACGCUCGACGAAAUGGAUCAGGCCGAUGGAGACUGGAUACCAGGACAAGAUGUACAAAUCGACCACCCCAAGAUUCUUGGUAUCCUUGUUAGCUUUGUCAACACUUCAUAUGGUAAGAGCCACCGCAAAUCUCGGUCUUCACGUGCUUACAUUCGUUCAGAGGAAGAAAUGCAAUUAACGGCCCUUCGUUGGAUCGACUCCUUUUUCGAGAUAAGCCCUGAAGAUAUUCUUCCUUUUGUUCCGCGACUGUUGACUCAGGUUCUCCCGGCCAUGUCCAGUGGCUCAGAGCAAGUACGAAAAGCAGCACAUCAAGUCAACACCUCCCUUGUCCAAUACAUCUACUCGUUGUCAGAUGAUACGACUGAGGAAGCUCAGGUGCCACCGUCAAAGAUCCCUUCCGCUACGACGAGCAAAGAGACCAUAGAGCGAAGAUCGUCAACUCCUGGAGUCAGGCCUUCAGAGACAGCGAGCGUUGACACAAGGAAACAAACAGCACAAGAUAAUUAUGUCGCGGCUACACCACGUAGUAGUGUUGUUUCCACACCGCUGCCUCCUGCCGACCUUGAUUAUGCUGCUGCUGUCAACUCUCUCACCCUACAAUUCCUCAAUGAAAAUGAAGCCACUAGAGUUGCGGCCCUUGCAUGGCUCAUCAUGCUCCACCGUAAAGCCCCGCGAAAGGUUGUGGCUUUCAACGACGGUACCUUCCCAGCUUUGCUAAAAACGCUAUCCGACCCUUCAGAGGCGGUUGUAACCAAAGAUCUGCAACUCCUUUCGCAGAUAUCAAGAAACAGCGAGGAUAGCUAUUUUACCUCUUUCAUGGUCAACUUGUUGCAGCUCUACUCUACAGACAGACACCUACUUGAAGUGCGCGGAAAUCUAAUCAUCAGGCAGCUUUCUUUGAACCUGAGCCCGGAGCGUAUCUACCGGACUCUGGCAGAUUGCCUCGAGAAGGAAGAGGAUCUCGAGUUUGCCAGUAUCAUGGUCCAGAACUUGAACAACAACCUUAUCACUGCGCCCGAACUCUCGGAAUUGAGAAAGCGCUUGAGAAAUCUCGACUCGAAGGAUGGUCAAAUGUUCUUUGUUGGGCUUUUCAGAUCGUGGUGCCACAACGCCGUCUCCACGUUUUCUCUCUGUCUUCUUGCACAGGCCUAUGAACAGGCAUAUAAUCUCCUCCAGAUCUUUGCCGAAUUGGAGAUGACAGUCAAUAUGCUAAUCCAAAUCGACAAACUAGUGCAACUACUAGAGUCACCAGUAUUCACAUAUCUCCGUCUCCAGCUCCUCGAACCUGAAAAAUACCCCUUCCUCUACAAAUGUCUCUACGGCGUCCUUAUGCUCCUGCCCCAGAGCUCUGCCUUCGCCGCCCUCAAGAACCGUCUAAACAGCGUCAAUAACAUUGGUUUCCUCCACGGUGGACCCCGAAGGUAUCCCCUCCGCGCCCCACAUUUAACCCAAAGGUUUACUGAAACGGUCUUCGUUAGUACUACUCAAACAGCCCCAUCCUUCGACCGUUCCACGGGUACCCGUCUGAAAUCCCGUGACGAGAACUCCAUCCGCUGGGUCGAACUCCUCGACAAAUUCAAGGCCGUUCAGGAACGAGCUCGUCGAUCCCAGGGCUCUACUCGCCAGUCCUUUGACCAAUCUGGUCCGCCAAUGAACCCCACUCUUACAGCUGCUCUCUCCGUCGCUGCUGCAGACCGUCCCAAGGACAGAUCUGGUCUGCCUGAUGCUCCACGCGGUGCUCCAGGACCAAGUAACGCCGGCGCUGGAAAUACUGGCCUGGGAGGCCCUGGUCCUAGUGCUAGUGGCACUGCUACUGGACGUGCGUUGGACAGUAGUGCGGCGAAGAGUGCACCUACUCAUAAACACAAGUCGAGUCUUCCCAAUCUGGGACGUCUGGGGAUUGGGGGACGGAAGUCCAAGAAAUAG